AUGCCUAUUUCCUCAUUUGCAUUCAUCAUAGCAACUCUGAUGGUUUAUGUAACAGCAGUACCGUAUUUCAAACCCUGGCUGGAAACGCGUCAGGCAAUAGGAGGAAGUCCCACGCUUGGCCCAUACGCGGAUCUCACCUAUCCACCAGAUCACGAUGCGAGCGUUUGCCCAGCGACUCCAGUCAAUCUGUGGGCCAACGGCGCGCUCGCAGCUCCUGCAAAGGCAUCAAGACGCCGACGUUCGCUUCAUCAUCAAUUCAAGAUCCCUGCGAAAGGAAAUGGCUUGCAUCGCAGAGUUGCGCCCAAUGGGACUUGCUCUACGAUUGCUCAAUUCACAUUCAGCGACUGGGAGGGCGGUGCUGAUACCAAUACCCCAACGGUCCCAAUUGCUGCAGGAGUCACAUACUUCUUCAGCAUGUCAGCCAACGUCGCCAUCACCUCAGUCAUAGCUUGGACGGCCGCGCCCAACAGUAAUCAUUAUGAUAAGCUAGGCUACAGCCAGCCUAAGAACAAGACAGUCACCAUGACACUCAACCCUACAAAAGCCGUCAAUUUGCAUUUCGAGAUUUACUUUCAGUAUGGACAUCCGAAUGGUCUCGUAGCAUUGUUCUCAAAUCAGCCACCACCCCCAGUGGCAGUUUCACGACGGACGUUAGGACCGUUGGGGAAGAAGAAGAAGAUCUACAAAGCAAAGGAGUCGGGGAAGGCUACGCAUUACGCUGAACUUCUUGACGCUGCUCGUUGCAAUGGCCGUUGGUCGGAGAUCCCUGAACUCACAAGAAAGGUCGCAAAACACGCACCACAGCGCAGAUGCUUGGUGCUCACGUCCCAGACGGAAUACCGCGUCUCCUCCUUCAAUCCUAAACGUCCUGCGGUAGCGAGCUCCGGGAAUACGAACGCUUUACAUGAAGCGAAAGCUGUAUUGAAAGAUGCCUCAGAAAAGGAGAAUGAAUGGCGAGAAGAUGCAUUCCAGGCAAGGGUCUGCGCAGCAUGGAUAGACAUAUCCCUCGAUGAUCAUCAAGCUGUCCUUGCAGUCCUACCUCAAGAUUUGGACACACUCCUAAAAGCAUUAUCAGAGGAUGGAAAAUUCGCACAGAAAAUCACGUAUGUCUGCGUUGUUCGGGCAGCCUUCUUCCGAGGUCUCGCACUUGAGACUAAGAGCAGAAAGAAAGAUGCUGUCCAGAGCUACGAAAACAUAUUGCCCUAUGUAUUAAGCGUUGAUUCAAGCGUGAGUCUGGCACCAGAGUGGCAAUGUUGGAGCGAAAGGCUGUUAGCUCGAUAUUGUACAUUAUCUAGCAGCUACGUGUCGCAGAAUGCACACAAUUCGCAAGAUCUGUUAGCAGAAGGAUCUCUCUUCAAGCCGACAGCCAUUCUUAAGCCAUAUCGAGCAUGGUCACAAUUCUGGGACUCUCGGCCGGCUCCAGCUGGUGGGCAAGAAGUGUCUCACGAGCGAACAUUGAUAUGGAAAGGCUACUACGAGACAUUGUCAAUACUCGUACGAUCACAUGUUGCUGCGUCAGUCUUUGAUUCUCGAUUGCAGCCUGCCAUAGAGCUGAAGCGUAUCGAGGCAAUCUAUCAGACUAUGUUGCUUAAUGAGAGACAAUUUCCUAGUGCGGAUGAGGUGACUCCAGAAAUCGAGUCUUGGGCUGAUCACGUGAUGAGGAAUUGGAGAACCUUGCUUGGUUCAGCAUGGACGAACGAGGAUCUUCGUCCUGGAGGAUCAAUAGUCCUUGGCAAAGGUAUUCUUGAUGUAAGUAAGCCGCCGGCUAGCUCUGCGAAUGUUUUUCCCCAAGAAAAAGAAUCGCGAUUAACGAAACAAUGA